GUCAGGAACUUCGUUGCUUUGCGCACUUCAGUUUUUACGUGUCACUUGCCAGCCGCUUCUGGGCGGCCUUGCACCCAGUUGGGCCGGCGUCCAGCCUCAAAAGUAGGCCAGCCCCUUCCCCAAAACGCAGUCGGCUGCGAGGGGCGAUGUGCCGAUGCCGCCUGGCACUCCUCUACUCGUUACCGGCCCUUUGCCUUUCGCACACUCUCCACAGUUCCCUCCCACCAGAUGAUGCUGAGCGAGGAUUGCCAGUCAUGCGGAGGGAGAGCAAGGAUGCGGCAGCUGCCCAAGGUUUCGUGCAGGUCGAUCCAGUGGAGGAGGUACAAGACCAACUCCAUGAGGCCACCGAGGCCGCGCAAAGCGCGGCGGCCACAGCUGCCACUGCACAAGAAGCAGCUCGAGAGGCGGUGGUGGCCGCAGCGGCGCCGGCGACCACACCGUCGACGACCGCGCCGAAGGCUUCUGAUGCGUUCAGCCCGGAGAGCCUGGACAAGCCAUACCGAUCCUCCGUAGUAGUCAAUGUUCCGGCGAAGACCACGCCGACCACCACCACCACUCAGCCGCCAGGGACGACGGCAACAACCGUCAACAUAGCGCAGAUGGUGGCUGCUGCCAAGGCAGCAGCUGAGGAAGCGCGCGAUGCAGCAGCGGCGGCAGCCAAGAGGGCCUCCGCCGCAAAUGCCUCCAUACCGAGGGGCAAGGAGGGGCAUCCGUCGGACACUCUGCCAGAGGGGCAUCCGGCGAAUCUGCCAGCCUCUUCGACGGCGCAUCCGACCGCACAGAGUGCGGCCGGCACAGCAGGCAGCGACUUGGCACAGUUGUCAAGUUGUUAG